AUGCCCGCAUUCAGCAUCACACGAAAGCAACGCUUGAUUGCUACUAUUGCCAUUUCUGCUGCUUUUUUUGUCGCAGAGUUGAUUGCUGGCUGUUACACUCAUUCAUUGGCCCUCAUUGCCGAUGCGUUUCAUUAUUUGAGCGACCUCGUUGGAUUUGUUGUUGCUCUUGUGGCUCUCAUGGUAUCGGAACGAUCUCAACCACCACCCAAAGAAUACACAUUCGGCUGGCAGAGAGCAACCCUCCUUGGCGCAUUCUUCAACGGCGUUUUCCUCUUUGCUCUUGGUGUUAGCAUCCUUGUCCAAGCUAUCGAGAGAUUCACGCACACGAUCAAGGUCGAUGAACCGAAAGUGGUUCUGAUAGUAGGAUGUGUUGGGCUUGGACUAAACCUCUUGGUUAUGUCCUUCCUCCAUGAACAUGAUCAUGACCACGGACAUGGACACGGUCAUGGGCAUUCUCACGGUCAUCAUGCCUAUGAUCAUGCCAGUCACUCGGACGACGAUGGACUAUCUACAAUGAUUGGCGGAUCUGAGAUCAAGAUGGAAGCCCGCAAUCAUUCAGUGACUAGUUGUCACCACGAACACAAGCAUUGUUCUACCGUCCCGUCCAAGCCUGGCAGAGAUCUUGGCUUACUGGGAGUUUUCAUCCACGUUGUUGGCGACGCAAUCAACAAUGUUGGAGUCAUCAUCUCCGCAAUUAUCAUUUGGAAGUUGGACAGCCCUCACCGAUACUAUGCCGACCCGGCGAUUGGUAUCUUCAUCGCCAUCAUGAUAUUUCUCACUGCCAUCCCCUUGACCAAGAAUAGCGGCAGCAUUCUCUUACAGAUUGCCCCGGGAGGCAUCGAUCUGGAAGAUGUGAAACAUGAUAUUGAAAUGAUUCCUGGCAUCGAGUCCGUACAUGAGCUACACAUUUGGCGUCUCGACCAACGUAAAUCAGUUGCAUCUGCGCAUAUCGUUAUUGACGAUAGAACCGUCAAGCAGUUUACUGAAAAGGCGAAAAUCAUCAUGGAGUGCCUUCACGCGUAUGGCAUUCAUUCAGCAACGCUUCAGCCCGAGAUUCUGCCUCCUGUCGUAGAGCAUAUAGAAGAUGCUUCAGACGAUAGUGAGGCUACGGUUCGACGACGCCGUAUCGACCGAUCAACUUCACACAUAAUACAAUACAUGGCUGAAUUCCCAUCCUUUCGGAACUUACCGACAGAAAUCCGCAUCACAAUAUGGGAGCUCGUCAAGCCACCCACCCGAGUCAUUGGCCAAGUCCCCUGCCGCGAAUGCUGGUCUCACUGCUUCAAAUGGGCACGAGGCCGAACCGCAGACUGCUCCCCACGCCGCGAAUGCGAGCAGGCAAACCACCCAGAUUGGCGAGUCCGAUACAUUGUCCAUCCGAAAAGGGACAUCAUCUUCCCACUACUCCAUGCGUGUCAUGAAUCUCGCGCAGUCUGGCUCUCGAAAUUCCACCAGCCCUCGAGAUAUCUAGUAUGUGAGACGGGGGUAUCGUCCCCGGACGAAGGGAGUGUGACUUGCCCGGUGAGAUUCGACGCGCCCUUCAUCAACUACGAGGCGGAUAUUCUCACCGUCUUCGACGACUGGGGCUACACGGGGGCGCUUAACACGGUCGACCACAGACCGCAGACGGAACAGAGCGAGGUUGACCCGUUUGUCGGACUGCGCAGGCACGAGAUUCGGCAUGCUGGCUUUUGCGAGAGCGCGGAGGAGCUGUGGUCGGGACUGCUGCUGCUUGAUCUGAGGACGUUGCCGGCGCUGGAGUCACUUACACUUAUACGAAUGGGUCCGCUGCCCCUGGGGAGUACUCAAGAUGGCGAGCUGACCGACUCUUCUGCUCGGGAGAUGUAUCCCGCGCAAUCUCAGAGAUUGGACUGCGUGAUACCGGAGGUUUUAUACCCAUACCUGGGCAGUCCUAAGGACAACUUCUUUCAUCACUGGCGGCCGCGGGGGAAAUUGUUUGAGCCUCGUUCUGAGGCUCCUUCCCACAGAGUGUUUUCUCGGUUCUGGACCGCCUUUCUAUGGCAUUUACUUCACAGGGACGCGAGGAAGGGGUUCAGCAGAGAUUCGUCUAGCUGGUGGAGGUUUAUGGAAUACGUGGACAGCUGGGUGGGUGAACUUCCCUGCGUGUUGAGUCAAGUAGAUGGCUGUGGGGAGGGCGGCCACAGUCGCAGGGACAUGUUUGGUUGGAUGCCAAAGUUUCGGCUGCGGUGUAAGGUGCUUUGCGAGGAGGGUGAAGUACAUGGUUUGAAGGCGCUGGAGGAUGCGAAUCGGGGUGAGCUUGUGGUUUGGGAGGAUGACCCGGUGGGGUUGGAAGGGUUGAUGCGGUUAUUACCUAGGAGGUAUGUGGCGGAAUAG